AGCUCGCCCUCCUUUCCUGCGCCAACAGCGGUGUCACCGAGGCCGGGCAACCGCCGGAGAGACCCGGAGUCCCGCCUGACGUCAAGCUACUUAACGCUAACGGCAUCGAAACGGGGCUUUAGGGGGCCGUCUCGCCUCCCCCGUCGUUAACACCGGGUUGGAUCUCACACCUCGCUCUUUUCCGAUGUCGGACUUCAAGCUGGGGAUCGUACGGCUCGGCCGUGUGGCCGGGAAGACAAAAUACACACUUAUUGAUGAGCAGGACAUCCCUCUUGUGGAAAACUACGCCUUUGAGGCACGCAUGGAGGUUGAUGCCGACGGCAACGGAGCAAAGAUCUUUGCCUACGCUUUUGAUAUUGGCAAAGGACGCUGGGCAGGAAGACCGCUGCACGAGCUGCUUUGGGAGAAGCAUAGAGGAGGAAUCGCCCCGAGUUUUCAAGUCAUCCACAUCAACUCUGUGACUGUUGACAACCGUCUAGACAACCUGCGACUCGUCCCUGUCGGCUGGAGUCCUAAACCGGAAGAGAUUUCCAGCAAGCAAAGGGAACAGUCACUUUACUGGUUGGCCAUCCAGCAAGUUCCGGCCGACCCAGUGGAGGAGCAAUACCUGGAGCUGAGCCGCACGCGCUACUAUAAUGCCAACGGCGAACUGGUGGAAGAAGAGGAGUGCUCAUGCACAUAUUACGAGUGCCACUACCCGCCUUGUUCGCUCAUCGAGAGGCGGCUUCGAGAGUUCAACAUUUGCGGCCGCUGUCAGGUGGCGCGCUACUGUGGCUCACAGUGCCAGCAGAGGGACUGGCCCGCCCAUAAGAAGCAAUGUCGGGAGCGCAAGCGGGCUCUGGCGCUGGAGUCAGAACCGGAGCGGUGAUCUAUGAAAGGGAAGGAAAAAAAGCGUUUUGAUAUGCGGGUUGAGGGCACGGGGGAAGGCGAAAGACUAAAACCACAGAGACAACAGUGCUCGCCUCACUGAUGGACUGGGAUUGGAAGUAGGUGAUGAACGGACAUCCGUGUGCACUUCCAGAACUGGUUAAUUCUCCUUGCUUCUCACGUGAACGACAGGGAAAGUUCUUUUGUUUUUGUCUUUCGGGGGUUGGCGAUACCUUCCGAGCUUGACCUGCUGCUGCUAAUCGUUUUGCUCGCGAGAGGUCAAGACUCUGGACAUCAACUGGACAACGCUCUGAUUUGGACGACCUCUUGUUAAGAUUGGAUCACACUAACAGUAUUUUGGGUGUGCGUGUUUGCGACGUAUGUUUUGCCAAGGACUCCAUGGAUGUGUGUGCGUGCGCAUCUUCUUAAAGGGGCCAUAUUCCAUUUUAAUUUUAUAUUUCAAUUAGACAUUUUCACUGUUUUGUAAUAAAGUAGCUGCUGAAUUGUGGCAUUUUUUCCCCUUUUAUUUUACAGACGGUACAAAGUGUCAAUCAUUCAAGUCACCUUUGAGAUGCUCUCCACUAUUUAUGAACAUAUUUUUACGAAUGUUUGUAGAGCAGGGUGUUCCAUUAAAAAAAUUGAGAUCUUAUGACCAUGGUAGCCUAGUAGAGUAAUAAUAUUUUUUCAAUGUUCGUGUGAAACUGGGAAAAAUAAAAACCCAACAAAUUCAAGACUCCAGUGACAGGAUGACUAGGAAUCUACACCAAGAAAAAUAUUUUUGGGCAACCAUUACCGUACUUGAGAUUGUGUCAUUAAGUUUGAAAAUGACUUUGGCAAAUAUUCUAUUAGAUUCAAAUCAGGAAUGUGUACGUUUGAGGCAAACAAAACUGGCUUUGUGUUAGAAAAACAACAUUUCGACGAAUUCAAACAUUGAUUCUAUGUUGAGUAUGUGCACUGCCUGAAACACGACAUGUCUUCCUUCCGUUUUUGCCUUCCACUUCUUUGAUGAGUCCAAAUCUGCAUUCCAGUUAGUGUAUUAAAAUUGACUUUCCUGUAAAAUGCUCAUUGCAGGCUCUUGUUCGACUGCAUUCGGGCUUACUCUUAACUCACAAAAUGCCUUUUCAUUGCUCGUGAAUGUCAUUCUUCAACUAAAACUGGAGUUUUCACAGAUCUGGUUGAAAUUUGAGUGGCAAUUCGCACAAGAGGAGGUCUUUUUUUCUGGAACACCCUUAUUUUUCUUUUCUGUUUAGUUGACACUACCUUUUGGAGAUUGAUGCAUUAGCAUUUGGUACUUUUGGCUUUGCUAAUUAACGCCAACGCUUGGUUGAAAUGAUCACGGACGCUGUCUUUCAUCAUAUAUGUCCUAGGUAUUACGUGUGAAUGCGUGUCGGGGUGUGAGUUUUUUUUUUUCUUCUUAAAUUCUGACAAUGGAGCUCUAUUUAUUUAAACUAUUUGUGAAAACCUAUUUAGUGGUGACAAUAUCUGAAGGCAUACUGAAGUGAACAGACAGAAUGAUGUUUUUCAGCUUUUUUGAUCAUUUUGGUUGUCAGGGCAGGUGAACUAGUCUUUUUUUCCACACUUCCAGGUUUUUUCACACAAAAACACUCUUCACUGAAAUCUUCCAAAACGUUUAAAAACUUGAAUCCUCGCCGCUUCUGUUAUAUUUUAGAGACCAGCUCGUUGGUUGUCAUCUUUUUGCCUUUACCCUUAAUGCACCUGCUUAGUGUGUCUUAGCUGAGGUGUCAAGACACUUUUUGGAGCAUGUGUGUCCAGCGUUGACAUGCGACUCAUUGAUUGUGUAUUUUGUAUGUGUGUGUGAACAGGUUUUCACGACUGCACUAAAACCCAGAUCUGAUGUUAGCGCGUUUAUGCUCCCUUAUACUUUUUUUGUUUUGUAAAAAAUAUGAAUCACUUAGAAAUCAAGAGCUACAAUAUGUGAAUAGAGUCGGGCGAUAACAGUUGCUUUUCCUAUGUAAAAUGAUGGUAAAAUAAAAGUGAACCUCAUUUGUUUGUC